AUGAUAUAUACUCGUUUAUACAGUUUAAAACAACCAUCACUAAAUAUUCGUCGUCGUUAUCCUCUAUUAUUAUUAAUAAUAUCAUGGAUUAUAUUAUUUCUUUUUUAUGGUAUUCCAUUUAUGGCGACUUAUUCAAGCUAUCUUUUACCAGCAACAUCAACAGCAUCAAAUACAACAUCAUAUUGUACAACUUAUACAACAUCAAUUUAUCAUGCACCAUGGAUGGCAUAUACAGAAAUAGGAAUUAUUUAUUCCUUACCAUUAAUAUUUAUUUUUAUAGGUUUAAUUUAUCUUCUACAAUAUUUAUGUCAGCCACAACCAAGACAGUAUAACAUUUUUUUUCUUUGGCUUCCUUGGAUUUCAAUUCGUAUUCUCAUUAUUUUUCUUCAUAUAUACGCAAUUCAACAUGCUUUGCAAAUAACUUAUUAUAUACUUAUACUUAAAUCUUUAAUUUUUCCUUUAAUAUAUGCAUCAACAAAUGCAUCAUUUCGUGGUUCAUUCGCUAUUUAUAGACAUCAACGGGUAAUUAUGAAUACUCGUGUAUGGACAAUCAAUGAACAAUAUGGACAUUCAAUUCAACAUCAUCGUGGAUAUUAA